GCGUGACGGCGUGCGCGGGGGGCGGGGCGCGGCGCUCGCUGCUGCUGCUUUGGGAGGGAGGCCGGGCAGGCGGCGGAGCGGCGCGGCUCUCAACCUGACGGGGAAGUGGCCCGGCGGCGGCCGCGGACAGCCCCGAGGCGGACGGGCGGACGGACGGGCGGACGGACGGGCGACGGAGGCGGGGUCCGGGAGGCGAGGCGGGCGGCCUAGAGAGCGAGCGGGUCAGGCUUCGCGUCGGCCGCGCUGUCGGGUCGCUGAAUGAAGUGCCUUCCCCGCUGAGCCCCGAGCCCGGCGCUUCCCCCCCCCCCCCCGCAAGAUGGACGGUUUCGCCGGCAGCCUCGAUGAUAGUAUUUCUGCUGCAAGUACUUCUGAUGUUCAAGAUCGCCUGUCAGCCCUGGAGUUACGAGUCCAACAACAAGAAGAUGAAAUCACUCUGCUAAAGGCAGCUUUGGCUGAUGUUCUAAGACGUCUUGCAAUCUCUGAAGAUCAUGUGGCCUCAGUGAAAAAAUCAGUCCCAAGUAAAGGUCAGUCAGGCCUUCGAGAAGCUAUUUCCAUGUCCUGCAUAAGCAAUGGCAGUGGUGCAAACAGAAAGCCAAGUCACUCAAGCUCUGUUUCAAUUGCAAGAAAAGAAACACUUUCAUCUGCUGCUAAAAGUGGUACAGAAAAAAAGAAAGAAAAAUCACAAGGACAGAGAGAAAAAAAAGAGGAAUCUCAUUCUAAUGAUCAAAGUCCACAAAUUCGAGCAUCACCUUCUCCCCAGCCCUCUUCACAGCCUCUCCAAAUACACAGACAAACUCCAGAAAGCAAGAAUUCUACUCCCACCAAAAGUAUAAAACGACCACCAACAACUGAAAAGUCACAUAAUUCAUGGGAAAAUUCAGAUGAUAGUCGUAAUAAAUUACUGAGAACGCCUUCAACAUCAAAAUUAAUACCCAAAGUUAUUAAAAAUACAGACAAGCAUAAAGAUGUCAUCAUCAACCAAGCAAAAAUGUCAACCCGUGAAAAAAACAGCCAAGAAGGAGAAUAUAUUAAAAUGUUUAUGCGAGGUCGGCCAAUUACAAUGUUCAUUCCUUCUGAUAUUGAUAACUAUGAUGACAUCAGAACAGAACUGCCUCCUGAGAAGCUCAAACUGGAGUGGGCAUAUGGUUAUCGAGGAAAGGACUGUCGAGCUAAUGUUUACCUUCUUCCUACUGGGGAAAUAGUUUAUUUCAUUGCAUCAGUAGUAGUACUAUUUAAUUAUGAAGAAAGAACUCAACGACACUACCUGGGUCAUACAGACUGUGUAAAAUGCCUUGCCAUACAUCCUGACAAAAUUAGGAUUGCAACUGGACAGAUAGCUGGCGUGGAUAAAGAUGGAAGGCCUCUGCAACCCCAUGUCAGAGUAUGGGAUUCAGUUAGUUUAGCUACGCUGCAGAUCAUUGGACUUGGGACUUUUGAGCGUGGAGUAGGAUGCCUGGAUUUUUCAAAAGCUGAUUCAGGUGUUCAUUUAUGUGUUAUUGAUGACUCCAAUGAGCAUAUGCUUACUGUUUGGGACUGGCAGAAGAAAUCAAAAGCAGCAGAAAUAAAGACAACAAAUGAAGUUGUUUUGGCUGUGGAAUUUCACCCAACAGAUGCAAAUACCAUAAUAACAUGUGGUAAAUCUCAUAUAUUUUUCUGGACCUGGAGUGGCAAUUCAUUAACAAGAAAACAGGGAAUUUUUGGGAAAUAUGAAAAACCUAAAUUUGUGCAAUGUUUAGCAUUCUUGGGCAACGGAGAUGUUCUUACUGGAGACUCAGGUGGAGUCCUGCUUACAUGGAGCAAAGCUGCCGUGGAGCCGACACCUGGGAAAGGACCCAAAGGAGUAUAUCAGAUCAGCAAACAGAUCAAAGCUCAUGAUGGCAGUGUAUUCACGCUUUGCCAGAUGAGAAAUGGGAUGAUAUUAACUGGAGGAGGGAAAGACAGAAAGAUAAUUCUGUGGGAUCAUGAUUUGAAUCCUGAAAGAGAAAUAGAGGUCCCUGAUCAGUAUGGCACAAUCAGAGCUGUAGCAGAAGGAAAGGCAGAUCAAUUUUUAGUAGGUACCUCACGAAACUUUAUCUUGCGGGCAACAUUUAAUGAUGGCUUCCAAAUAGAAGUACAGGGUCAUACAGAUGAACUCUGGGGACUUGCCACACAUCCCUUCAAAGACUUGCUCUUGACAUGUGCUCAGGACAGGCAAGUGUGCAUGUGGAACUCAGUGGAACACAAGCUGGAGUGGACCAGGCUCGUAGAUGAACCAGGACACUGUGCAGAUUUUCAUCCAAGUGGCACAGUGGUGGCCAUAGGAACGCACUCAGGCAGGUGGUUUGUUCUGGAUGCAGAAACCAGAGAUCUAGUUUCUAUUCACACGGAUGGAAAUGAACAGCUCUCUGUGAUGCGAUAUUCAGUAGAUGGUACCUUCCUUGCUGUGGGCUCUCAUGACAACUUUAUUUACCUCUAUGUAGUCUCAGAAAAUGGAAGAAAAUAUAGCAGAUAUGGAAAGUGCACUGGACAUUCCAGCUAUAUCACACACCUUGACUGGUCGCCAGACAACAAAUAUAUAAUGUCUAACUCUGGGGACUAUGAGAUACUAUACUGGGACAUUCCAGGUGGCUGUAAGCUAAUCAGAAACCGAUCUGAUUGUAAGGAUAUUGACUGGACGACCUACACCUGUGUGUUAGGCUUUCAAGUCUUUGGUGUCUGGCCAGAAGGCUCCGAUGGAACAGACAUCAACGCGCUGGUGCGAUCCCAUAAUAGGAAGGUGAUAGCUGUUGCUGAUGACUUUUGUAAAGUUCAUCUGUUUCAGUAUCCAUGCUCCAAAGCAAAGGCUCCUAGUCACAAGUACAGUGCCCACAGCAGCCACGUCACCAACGUCAGUUUUACUCAUAAUGACAGUCACCUGAUUUCAACUGGUGGCAAGGACAUGAGCAUCAUCCAGUGGAAACUUGUGGAAAAGUUACCUUUGCCUCAGAACGAGACUGCAGUGGAUACCACUCUACCCAAAGCGCCCCCGUCUUCCGUGGAAAAUGCCAUCCAGCCUCCUCCUCCUCCCCCGCCUGCCCCCCAGCCCUUACCUGCAGCCACUGAAGAGGAAAGCCGAGUAAGCAAUUCUCCUACACUUCUGGAGAACAGCCUGGAACAGACCGGGGAGCCCAGCGAGGAGCAGAGUGAAGAGGGCAGUGAGGAGCUCGGGGAGCCCCUUGAGGAAGAGCCCGUCACUGAGCUGAGUGAGGGCCAGGAGGAGGAGCAGUGAGCCUCCCGGGCCUGUCCUAACGCUGCCUGCAGCGGCAUGCCACUCUGGGGAAGUUGAGGCCAGUGAUGCAGUGUCACUGUCGACAGAUCUCGGGUUCCAUGCACUCAGUUCUCUUCAGUACUCUGUCUUCAGUCUCUCGAAUUCAGUCCAAGGGUUCGGUUUGAUGUGCUUUAAAAAUUAACCAAACUUGAUAGAAGACUGAAACAUUAUUUCUUGGAAAUUGCUGUGCAGUAAGUAUGUGUUGUAAAUACUGGAACCAGAAGCAGCAGUUGGAUGGGUUGAGAA